GCUCCUCAUAACCGUCUUAGUCACAGCAAUACUGAGUCCAACACACUGUCACAGUCUGGCCAAUAUGAAAGCUGUAUUCUAAUGGAGUACCCCUGCUCCUUUGCGAAUGUAACACACGAUAAUAGGCCCACUAUUCCAAUUGUUUGCCCUGAUAUUAACCAUUCGCGUAGUAUUCAAACGCCUCCCACGCUUGGACUCGGAAUUCCCACAUAUUAAUUUUACCCUCGUAGCUCUCUCCCUCUCUCUCCCCCCCAACGACAGCCUGCAUCGAGUUUCGACUCUACAUCGACUCUACAUCAAGCUUCUUGCUGUUGCCUAUUACUUACUAAUCCGCCAUCAUGGCAAAGAAGAACACACUUUCGGGCCUCCCCGAUGAGCUCCAACUUACGAUCUUUGAACUUGUGAGCGCUCAGGACAAGUGUAACCUGCGGCUGACCUGCAAGAAAUUCGCGGAAGUGGUGAUGAGCAUCGUUCUCGGUCCUAAAUACAAGCCUCUACACCUCCAUUUCAACGUCUUGGAGUCAGACCUGCGCGUUUUGCGUGUCUUACUCGACAACGAUAUGAUCAAGACGCGGAAAAUCAAGCUCAGCCUAUGCUGUGCCACUUUCGACGGAUUUCGCAAUAUACGCCCCACGCUUGCGAGCAUUUGUUACCCUUUGGCGAUGGGUAAUCGGGUCUGUUACUCAAAUCCAUCAUUGACCGAGUACAAGUUGGAGUACAAACGGAUUGAGUCCACAAGAGUGGAUUUGCCAGUAGUGGAGCAGUUGCAGGGAGCUCUACACCGUAUUGCUGUACUGGAUAAUGUCUCCUUCGACUUCGGGUGCACCCUUGCUCCUGGGCACAUCGAGGAACUACCUUGGAAACUGCGUAGGCAGUUGAAGAAGGCCUGGGAACAAGACCUAGACAUAUCAGGCUAUUAUGACACAUUUGAUGACUAUUAUGAUGCAACUUCGGAGUUUCUAAAAGUUCAGAGUUGUGAGCAAAGCUUGCACCUUGACUGGUGUCUUCACAUCCUCUUCAAGGCCUUGUCAGGCACUGGAACCCUACGCAAGAAUAUCAACUUUAUCCUCAAAGGGCAUUGUGCAUUUUUCGAGUUGGAAGUCAAUUCGGAUCUUGAUGAGCAGUUCCAUCAAUAUCUAUUGGAUCUUGAGAUGCUAGAGGGUGAGGAAUUGGACGAAUGCGUGGCAAUCGCAGCGUAUCGAUGUGCCCAGAUGACGUCAGAGUACCUGAGCCUCCGAGUCGACUCCAGAAAGGGUUCCUUGAAGAAGCUACGCGAUGCUACAAUGUCUGUUACUCUGCUUGACAUUUCAGAUGGCGAUGUAAGCAGGCCGGACCCCUACCAUGAUUCUUCUAUUUCCUACUCGAAGUUGAUUCAAAUCCUAUACCAAGCCGUGAAACCCGGGAUACCCAUAUUCAGGAUGGAGAACACUCUGACGAGCGGCUACGGCCCGGCUUCUUCGGCACAUUGGAUCGCGCCUCAUGAAUUGGGCAAUGUUCGUCGAUUGGAGCUAAUCAAUUUCUACCUGCCAAACUACAAACCAAUCGCUAAGAUGAUCAUGCUGGGCCCAAGGCUGCGAUGUCUUACAAUGCAGAUGGGGUUCAUCCGCAAUGGAAAGUGGGGCGACGUCCUGCAGAUUUUUAGAAAACUAGUCUUGGAGCCCAAGGGAAUGUCUCGACUGCUGCACUAUCUGCACCUCAAGGACCUAUAUCAGGCCCCCGAUGCAGAGCGAGUGGAAUACGGGAAGGUAGAUGGCGAGUUCUGCUCCCCAGAGUUCCUUGCGAAAAAUAAGGAUGAAUUCCUCGGGUUCGCAAAUAACCUUGGCGGGCUCCUUGAGGUCGAGCCAGCCAACGAUCACUUUGGAGACGACAAUGAGCCGUAUGACCGGGUUGUAUUCUUCAAGUAA